AUGGAAGGAUUCAAGGAGCUGCAAGACGGGUGGCCCGAGGACUGUCACGUGAGAUGGAGAGACCAGAACCUCCAGAUCACGAGAAUAGGGCCUUCACACCAAACGGCCAAAUAUGACAUUUUGUGGUCGCACAUAUACGUGUGUCCGGUGGUAUAUAUGAGCUGUUAUAGAGACAGCGAGCCCGUGACGUUACUGGCCGAUUUUGUGGCGUUUAUGGCGGAGUUUGGGGUGGUAAUUACUCCUGACAUUGCAAUCACUCAAGGUGAGCAUCCUCACACCGGUUUGCCCGUGUUUUUUCUGCAUCCUUGUAAAACGAGGGAGACGGUAGAUCUGGUGAUGCAGGAUGAGGAGAUGCACAAGAGGAGUGAGGCGGAGGUGUGGUUGGAGAGUUAUGGCCGAAUCGUUGGUCUUCAUCGACGAGCGCGAUGA